AUGCCAAUUAGUGAUAUCACAUCACAGUACUUAAACUCAUUAGAAAAAGAUAAUACUGGAUUUUCAUUAAAUAAUAAUAAUAAUAUAUCACCAAUUAAACCAAAUCAUAAAGAUAAUAAAGAUUUAGAUGAAUUAGCAAGACAAUUAAAUAUAUCACCAACUAAACAAUCACAAUCAUCUCCAUUAGUAGUCAAUAAGAAUGUUUCAAAUUUAUUUAGAACAAAAUUUGAAUCACCAUCAGCUACAAUCUCAUCUUUUAAAUCUUCUGAAAAUCAUCCAAGUUGGGCUAAUCGAAAUUAUAAAGAUGUAUUAAAUAAAUCACCUACUAAAACACCAUUAAAACAAAUAAAAAAACCAAUAUUAGAUUCUCCAUCAUCUAAUUCAAAACCAUUUUUCUCAUCACCUUCAAAGUCAACAUCAAAGCAUUCACCAGGGUAUGAAUAUUUAUGUAGAAUUGAAUCGAUUAAAAAUUGGUUACAACAAGUUUUAAAUGAAGAAAUAAUACAAUCAUCAUCUGAAUUAAUCAAGUAUAUAAGAAAUGGAAUUCAUCUUGCAAAAUUAUCAAAUGUUAUAUUACCAAAUAAACGUAAUGUAUUCCUAAAUGAUUCAAAUUUACAAUUCAAACAUACAGAAAACAUAAAUCGAUUUUUUCAAUUAUUGGAUUAUUUAAACAUGCCUGAUUUAUUUAGAUUUGAAUUGACUGAUUUAUACGAUGCUAAAAAUGUUCCAAAAGUAUGGUUUUGUUUACAUGCUUUAAGUUAUAUUUUAAACAAGCAAGAUCCCCAAAAAUAUCCAAAAAUGUUAAAUUUAGUAGAUAAAUUAAAUUUUGAAGACGAUGAUAUUAGAACUGCUGAUCGUGCAUUAAUUGGGGCUCCAUUACCUAAUUUUUCAAGUGCCGAUUCAAAUGAAGAGAAUGAUUUAGAUACAAAUUAUAUGAAUAAAGUAACAGAAUCAUCACCAAUUAAAUUUUCACCAAUAAACAAACAAACAUCAAUGGAUAAUCAUUUCGAAGAAAAACAACUGGAGAAGAAAUCAGUUAAAUUUGAAAUUAAAUCACCAAUUGAUACAAGUUUUAAAAUUAAAUCUCCAAAUAUUGAAACUGAUGCAAAUUAUCAAAAUUCAGAUUAUUAUACACCAGAAUUGGAUUAUCAUGUAAUUAACAUAAUCAAAGUACAAUCACUAGCUCGUGGUGUAAAUUGUCGAUAUUCAAUGUUUGUUAAAAAAAUAUUAAUUAAAUCAUAUGUUGAAGAAUUUAAUGUGUUAUUUUCAGUAAUUAGAAGUAAUUUAUCAAAAUCAAAGACGGUUCAUAAACAUGGAAAUGAACUUAGGUUCUAUGACUAUGAAAUUGUUGAAUUACAAUCAUUAAUUAGAAAGAAAUUGGCAAUUGAUAAAUUACCAAAAGAAGAAUUCGAAGAGAAUAAAAUUGUCAAAUUUCAAAGCAUAUUAAGAGGAAAGAUAUUCAGGGAUAGAAAUGAAUCUAUCAAGAAGGGAUUAAGUAAUUCUAUUUCUACUAUUGUUGACUUUCAAUCAAUGUCAAGAAUGAAAUUGGUCUAUAAGAAAAUUAACAAAUUGAUUUCACAUAAACAUAAAAUCUUACCUUCUAUUAUUCAAUUACAAUCCAUAUCUAGAUCAAAAUUAUAUUUGAAAUUUUCGAUAUCUGCACAAAUUGAAGAAAAACCAAUUAUUCAAAUUCAAUCAAUCAUACGUCGAAAUUUUGUAAUUCAGGAAUUAAAUAAUAAACAUUUGAGAACAAGAUCACAAAAGCGUAAAUUCAUUGAAUUACAAGCUAUUGCAAGAGGUGGAAUAUCAAGAACGAGAUUGUGUAAUAAUGUAUUAAUUAACCUAAUCUACGAGGACGACUUAUUAAAUGAAUUAUUUGCAAAAGUGAGAGGAAACAAACUUCGAAAAGAAACAAACCAAAAGAAGGAUUCAUUAAAAAGUCUUGAAUCAAGUUCAAUUUUACCCGUUCAGACAUUAUUUCGUGGUGUUUUAACACGAUUUCAUAAAGAAAUUACAUUAGAUGAUUUAUAUGAUCAAAUUGAUUCAAUUAUAAAAUUACAAAGUAUUACAAGAGGUCAUAUAAUUAGAUUAAGACAACAUGAUUAUAAACAAUAUUAUUUGAAAAAUGUGGAUUUAGUAAUCAAAGCACAAUCAAUAAUUAAACGAACUCUUAUCCAAAAUGCAUAUAAACAAUUAACAACAACUACAAAUCCAACAUUAAGCGUAAUUAGAAAAUUUGCAUAUUUGUUAUCUAAUUCAGAAUCAGAUUUUAACAAGGAGAUGGAAUUAACUAAAUUGAAAGACAAAAUCAUUGAAAAAUCCAAAAUUAAUGAAGAUUUAGAAUGUCAAAUUGAACAAUUGGAUAUAAAACUAGGUUUGUUGGAUAAGAAUAAAAUCACAAUUGAAGAAUUUGUAAAACCAAAAAAGAUAAAGUUGAAUUCAAAUUCAAUAGGUAAUGUUAAAACAUUAGAACGAUUGAAUAAAUCAGCAAGAGCAAGAAUUGAAAUCUAUCAAUCGUUAUUCUACAUAUUACAAACCAAUAGCAUAUAUUUUAAAAGGUUGUAUCUGUCAUUGAGUUAUUCAGAUAAGGAAUCAAAAUUUAAUCGUGAUUUAUUCUCAUCAAUUACGACACUAUUCCCAAUUGAAAAUGGAUCAAUCAAUAACCAUUCAAGAGAAGAAUUUUUUUAUAUUAAAUUUGUAUUAGAUUUAAUGGAUCUCGAUGCAAGACAAUCAAUUUUAUUAGGUGAUUUAACAAAAGUUCAAAAGACAUAUUGGAUAGAUUAUUUAUAUCAUUUCAAUAAUUUGACAUUUCAAAGACAACACUUGAAGAAAAUAGUUGGCAAAUUUGUGUCUAGUGUCAUUGAUGAUGAAAAUUUAGAUUUUGAAAGUGAUCCAACUAUAAUUAAUGCCGAUGUGAUUAGCAGAGAGAUUAAAAUACAUGGAUCGUCAACUGGUAAUUCAAAUUUAUCACCACAGGAAGCUAUUCAAAUUCCACAAGUAUCUAAUAAAUUUAUUAAUAAUUUAAUUUCAUUAAGAGAAAAAGCUAAUGAUUUGAUUUAUAUUCUUCAAAAAUGUCAUAUUCCAAUCCAUGUUAGAAUUUUAUGUAAAUCAGCUUAUGACUUAUCAUGUCGAUAUUUUCCUGAUAAAUCUAAACUACAACAUUUAGCUGUUUCUGGAGUUAUUUUCAUUAAACAUUAUAUUAAUUUGAUUUUUAAUCAUCCGGAGAAUUAUGGAUAUAAGAAAGAAUAUCCAAAAUGUGAAGACAACCUCAAACAUUUAUCCAGAGUAAUGUUGCAGAUUUUUUCAAUGAAGUUAUUUAAUGAUAAUUUCCUCAAACCAUUGAAUGAUUAUAUUACGAAUCUGACUGAGACUAUCAAAUUAUUCAUUAUUGAUCUUAUUAAUAUCAGUGAUGUAGAUUCAGUAUAUGAGUUAUCUGAAUAUAACGACAUAUUAAAUCAUGAAAAACCCAAAUUAUUAAUGAAGAUAAACAAUAUGAUAAACUUAGAAAAGAUAACCGUUUCCAAUGCUGAUAUUAUAGCACCAUAUCAGCAUGAUCCAAUAUUGAAAUACGUAACUGAUUUAGAAAGCUUAAACUCAUCACCAUCUGAUUUCAUUAGUUUGACUGAUUUAUCUCAAUUGGUAUUGAUUCUUAAUCCACAAACACAUGAAGAUAAUUUAAACGAUGCGAAGAAUAAAUCAUUGUUUACUAUAGCGAAGAGGAGUUUAUUGUAUAUAAUUAGAGUUCAGGAAGAUGGUGAUGAUUUAUUAGAAUUACUCAUAUCUGGAAUCAAGCCUGAACAUGAAGAAAAAUUCAAAAGGAUAGUCGCUCAAGAGAGAGAAGAAGAAGAUAAGAAGAAUCCAUAUUAUAAACAAUCAAUAGGAGAUUUAACAAAAUUAUCCUAUCAUGAAUUAAAGAAAAUCUGUCUUGAAAAUUUAUUGAAAUUGGAAUCAAUGGGUGAAUUGACUCGUAAGAAUUCGUUCCAGACAUUACUUAAUCAAACAUCAGUUGAUAUAAAGACAAAAGAUAUUCAAAGAUCAAACAGGAUACAAGAAUUGAAAAACUAUGAACAAGUAAUCAAAAAACUCACAGAAAAGGAAAAGUUUCUCAAAAAACAAUUAGCUGAUUAUAAUUCACAUAUAGAUAUGAUUUUGACAGAGUUGACAAAGAAGCCAAAAGACAAAAGAGUCUUCUUUAAUAUCAUCCCUGUGUUUUCAAAACAAUAUUUUUAUCAUAGAGAAUUAAGAAAACGUAAUCGAUUACCAAAAUUUGGAUCCUACAAAUAUUCCAGUAAGAAACUAACCGAUAUGAAAAUAUUAAUUGACUACAACUUUAAAGGUGCUUUCAGUUCUUCGAAACUUGAAUUCAUGUUCUCAUGUCAUCAAAUUGGAAAAUUUACAAUUGAAGUUGCUAAUAAUUCAAUAAACAUUCCUGGUGCUUCUAAUGUUAUUAGUUUGGAUGAUUUAUUGAAUUUACAAUAUGAGAAUAGGGUUAAAUUUGAAUUAUUUGAUGGGUUAGCGACUUUUGAUUCUAACAAUUUUAUGGCUUUUAUAUUUAGUAAAUUUUAUGAUAUAAAAAAACAUUAA